UAAAAGAACGAGACGAAACUCAAGUUUGGUUAGUUGGAGCCUUGGAGGCCCAAACACGAAGACCGGCCUCGGCCCAAUUCGGACUCUCUCCCCAUCUCGACGGCGGCGGCGGCGGCGGCGAUGGCGUCCACCGGCGUCAAGCUCAUCGACAUCGCCGUCAACUUCACCGAUGGCAUGUUCAGGGGCAUCUACCACGGCAAGCAAUGCCACGCCGCCGACAUCCCCGCCGUGCUCGCCCGCGCGUGGGCGGCCGGCGUCGACCGCAUCAUCGUACGCUGCUUUGCUGCCGGCCAUUCCCCCUUUCGCCUUCUUUCUUGCUUGGUUUCUACUUUCUUAUGGCUCGGCUUUGGUGUGCUUAAUCUCUUGCUUUCUUUGGUUUGGUCCGGGCGGAAGGUCACCGGAGGCUCGCUGAAGGAGUCUAGGGAAGCGCUCGAGAUCGCCGAGACCGACGGGAGGCUGUUCUGCACGGUGGGCGUGCACCCGACGAGAUGCGGGGAGUUUGAGGAGAGUGGAGACCCGGAAGGGCAUUUCCAGGCGCUGCUGGCUCUGGCGAAGGAAGGAAUUGCGAAAGGCAAGGUUGUAGCAGUGGGAGAAUGUGGUCUGGAUUAUGAUCGACUUCACUUUUGUCCAUCGGAUGUACAGAAGAAGUACUUCAAGAAGCAAUUUGAAUUGGCUGAAGCAGUAAAAUUGCCAAUGUUUCUUCACAUGCGGGCUGCUGGUGAAGACUUCUGUGAGAUUGUGUCAGAAAAUCUGUAUAGAUUCCCUGGGGGUGUUACACACUCCUUCACUGGAACUGCAGAGGACCGUGAUAAGCUUCUUUCCUUUGAAAAGAUGUUUAUAGGUAUUAAUGGAUGCUCUCUGAAGACUAGUGAAAAUCUUGAGGUUCUACAAGGUAUUCCUGCAGAGAGGAUGAUGAUAGAGACAGACUCUCCAUACUGUGAUAUUAAAAAUACUCAUGCUGGAAUCAAGUUCGUGAAGUCUGUCUGGCCAUCCAAGAAGAAAGAAAAGUACGAGCCGGAUUCUACAGUAAAAGGUCGCAAUGAGCCCUGCUUAGUCAGGCAAGUUCUUGAGGUUGUAGCUGGAUGCAAAGGAAUUGCUGACAUUGAAGGCUUAAGUAAAACUCUGUACCACAACACGUGCAGGCUCUUCUUCCCUCAGGACCUGGAUGCUUCUGCUGAUGCACAGCUUGAGAGUGGUGCGUUUAUUCAAAAUAGCUGAUGGGACAUGACAGAGCGUUUGUUACUUUGAUAUUCACUUAACGAUGUUUGCUACCUUUUUUUUUUUUUUUGCUUGGUUAAAGAUCUUGUACUUCGACAAUUGCCAAAUUGGCUUGCUAUGAGAGUGUCGUUCAUGUUCUACAAAUGUUAA